GCUAUGAGUCCAGCCUAGGAGUUAAAUAUAAGCUGCUUUCCGGGGGCGUUCUUACUUCCUUUUUUCUUGCUUGUCAGAGUUUUCUUCUUUUUUAAUGCUGCUCCUUUGGUGUCGUUGAAGUGAAGCUCGACUCAUGGCAGAGAUGGAAUGUCGCGUGUUGUCCAUUCAGAGUCACGUUGUCCGCGGAUAUGUGGGCAAUAAGUCGGCGUCGUUCCCUCUGCAGGUGCUGGGUUUUGAAGUGGACUCCAUCAACUCUGUGCAGUUCUCCAAUCACACAGGCUACGCCCACUGGAAAGGUCAAGUCUUGACAGCCGACGAGCUCAUCGUGCUGUACGAGGGCAUCAAGCUGAACAAAGUCAACCAUUAUGACUAUAUCCUCACAGGGUACAGCAGGGACACGUCCUUCCUGGCGACAGUGGUGGACAUCAUUAAAGAGCUGAAAAAGGCCAACCCCAGUCUGGUAUAUGUUUGUGACCCUGUGAUGGGAGACCAAGGUGCAAUGUAUGUCCCGGAGGAACUUCUGCCAGUUUACAGAGACAAAGUAGUGCCUUUGGCGGAUAUCCUUACGCCCAACCAGUUUGAAGCAGAGCUAUUAACUGGAAGAAAAAUCCACACAAUAGAAGAUGCUGUUGAGGCAAUGGAAUUGCUUCAUAAAAUGGGUCCUGAUACGGUGGUCCUCACGAGCACUGACUUGCCUUCACAACAGGGAGACCAGCACCUGGUGGCCCUUGGCAGCCAAAAAAUAGCGAAACCCGACGGGAGCGUUUACAAUCAGAAGAUCCGCAUGGACAUCCCCAAAGUCGACGCGGUAUUUGUGGGGACGGGAGACCUGUUUGCUGCCUUGCUGCUUGCCUGGACACACCAUCACCCCAAAGACCUGAAGGCUGCCUGUGAAAAGACGGUUUCCGUCAUGCAUCAUGUAAUCAAGCGCACCAUGACCUACGCUAAUGAAAAAGCCGGGCCGGGGAAAAGGCCAAGCCCCGCGCAGCUGGAGCUGAGGAUGGUUCAGAGCAAAGGCGACAUAGAGAACCCGGCCAUCGUCGUGGAAGCUAAAGUUCUACAGCAGCCGUAACGACUUAGCUUCAUAAACACACAUUGGCACAGGUAAUGUAGGGUGUUAAAACUCUGAAAGAGCCAAUACUUACCCUGUACGGAGACACUCCAGAAUCACUGCCGUGCAUCUCUCGCUAUUAGGAUGUCUGUAGAAUCUUAGAAUCCUGCAUGCUUGUCCACGCCUCAGCUUGUUUAAGCUUCACUAGGAAGUCAGAGCUCAACAUAGGUGCGUUGUAAUUUACAGUAGCGAAGGAAUUCAUAUGGCUGGAUCUCACGUGAGAGGAAGAGUGGGGGUAAAUCAUUUUGCAAAUGAUGGUAAGGCAACUGACGCUGUGGUUAAAGUUCGAAUUGCCACAAAACACAAUUUACCAUAUUCAACACUGCAGUGGUGUCAAACUCAUUUUAGAUCGGGGACCAUAUGGAGAAAAAUCUACUCCCAAGUGGGCCGGACCGGUAAAAUCACGGCACGAUAACUUAAAAACAAAAACAACUUCAGAUUGUUUUCUUUGUUUAAAAAUAGAACAAGCCCAUUCUGAAAAUGUACAAAUCAUAAUGUUGUUGGGGUUUUUUUUACCCUUACAUGUCACGGUUAAUAGUAUUCUAUCUUUAUUUGUCGUUAUGGCUCGGUUGGUAGAGCGGCCGUGCCAGCAACUUGAGGGUUCCAGGUUCGAUCCCCGCUUCCGCCAUCCUAGUCACUGCCGUCGUGUCCUUGGGCAAGACACUUUACCCACCUUCUCCCAGUGCCACCCACACUGCUUUAAAUGUAACUUAGAUAUUGGGUUUAACUAUGUAAAAGCGCUUUGAGUCACUAGAGAAAAGCGCUAUAUAAAUAUAAUUCACAUAUUUAUACUUUCUGAAUAAAUGAUGUGAUAAUGUUCAUCAGUCAACUCAUUGGUGUUAAUUUUCAAUCUAUCAAGAUAAAAAUAAUAUCAAAAUGAAAUUACAGGAUGUUAUUUAUGUAUUUUUCUCAUUUUCCUCGACUGGUGCACUAACAUGUGGUUUGUUUUCUACAAGGAUACAAAGAAUUGCUAUUGCGACAUCUAGUGGACACAUUUAGAACAGCAGUUUCUUUCAUUAAAAAAUGUCGGCUCAUUUUUAUACUUAGCAAACUCAUCCCGCGGGCCGGAUAAAACCUGAUCUGGCCCGCGGGUCGUAGGUUUGACACCCCUGCUCUACUGCCAUCUGGCUGCUGAAAUAAAUAGUGCGCCCCCCUCAAUUCGUCAGGUAAACCGUGACGAAUGCCGCCAUAUGAAUCUCCUUCCUAUUGUUUGCUACAAACACAACAAAAUAUAACUGUUAUUUGAUAACAACGAUGUCACAUUAGCUUAACAAUAAUUAACGUCGUACCCUUCGGGGUCACUUAAAGUGAUUUUUAAUGUCGCCAGCUCGUGCUUUCAGGUUUCAGGCAUUAUGAUACAUACUUGUGAUACAGUGGCACCUCGAUUUAUGAACCUAAUUUGUUCUUGAACAGGGUACGCAAAUCAAAAACCCAACCACCGGACCGAUUGGUACCAGGCCGCACAAGAAAUAGAAAUAAAAAAAUAUUUUUUUAUUUUUUUUAAAUAAAUCAACAUAAAAACACAAUAUAUACAUUAUAUAUCAAUAUAGAUCAAUACAGUCUGCAGGGAUACAGUCCGUAAGCACACAUGAUUGUAUUUCUUUAUGAAAAAAAUAAAAUUAAAAUAAAAAAAUUAAAAAAACAAACACCACCCCUCUCCCCCCCCCCCCCCCGGUCCGUGGGACAAAUUUUCAAGCGUUGACCAGUCCGCAGCUACAAAAAGGUUGGGGACCACUGCUAUAGAGUACUGUAUAUCCAACAAACAUGACAAGGAGGUGAUGGAUCAACUUUCUAUUUAUUAAAAAGCCAAAACAACAACAAGCUGGUGUCCUCACAAACGACCAGAAACCACGAAAAUUCUUAACUUUAACAAUCGCAUUGCUACAAAAAUAAACAUUUAAAAAAAGUGAAAUCUACUUGUGUUAUCAUCGGUAAAGGAGCAGCUGACGAGAAAGGAGCGGCCUAUAUCUCAUAGCUCUUCGCCGCCGCUGUGAAAUAAGUCGGCUUUGGCAUCUUUUUCCAGAAAAGUCCGGUCUCAUCACAAUUAAAAUUUGCCGUGGUACAUACCUGUGAGCGUGAUUGUUGUACUCCUCGCAAAUAGUCUGUUUUUUUGUUGUUUUUUUAGCUCCACGGCGAUUCCCUCCUUCUUGCCAUGCUUUUAAGACUGUUAUUGAGUUAGCAAAGUGGACAAAACACACGCUGAAGCGCUAUGAAGUGACUGCAAUGUGCAGCAAGUGACGCAAAAAACGCCCUGCUUUCUGCCUGCAGGCGUGACCACGAAAUGAGUUUGUACCCACAGACAUUGUUCACUCACAGAGUCACAUUUGGCUCAAUUUUAAGUUUGUAAAUCCAAAAGUUCCCAAAUAGAAGGGUUCGUAAAUCGAGGUUUCACUGUAUUCAGUUUUUAAUGCGUUAAUUGUCCAUAGCUUUACAUUUUUCAUUUUCUUUUUUUAGAAAAUUGUAAUAUUGCCUUUAAUCAUGAUUGUAAAAGAUGUCAAGAAAUCCCACUUUUAGUCUUUCUCACAUUGUUUGAAGAUAAUGCUUUAGAUCCUCGUCCUAAACAUCUCAAAUUGAGGUAUUUGCACAGAUAAUCUAGUACGGUAUGGAUGAUAACUAUGUGUCUUCGUUUCCAUAUCUCCACACUUGUGAGUAGCCUUAAAAGCAGUUAGGAAGUUGUGAAUGUUUUUAUGUGUUUACAAGUUACGACUGAAUGAGAUGAUUCUCAAUGUAAAAUUAAUAAUAGUAAAUAAGAAGGAAUAAUAAACUGAUAACUUACUAAGAAUGUGUGUUUCUCGUAUUUGAAGUCUAUUAAA